AUGGUCUUAGUUAAGAGUCGUUCCAAAAGCUUACGUGACACCCAGGUGGAUGUUUCCCCUGGUUCGAAAUUUGAUGAUGUUUUGACCGCGAUUUCCAAGAAUAACAAGGAUACAAGUAUCUACAGGUUAAGAUUAACCUAUUUGAAAGAGAACAAGCAGAUACCAGUUGUUUCAGAUGAGUUCUUCGCUGCAUCUGAUGUGGAAACGCUAUAUGUUAAGGAUCUAGGUCCUCAAAUAUCUUGGAGAAUGGUCUUCAUUUGUGAAUAUCUAGGGCCCAUUAUAAUCCAUUCAUUGUUUUACUACUUAUCGCAAAAACCAGAAUUGCGUAGUAGUGGAUCGAGGUAUAACCCAUAUAUGAAUCGUUUAGCAUAUUUGUUGAUAUUAGCCCACUACUUGAAAAGAGAAGUGGAAACCAUUUUUGUUCAUCAGUUUUCACAGGCUACAAUGCCAUUCUUCAACCUUUUCAAAAAUUGUUUCCACUACUGGGUGCUCAACGGAUUAAUUGCAUUAGGGUAUUUCGGUAAGGGGUUUUUCUUUAACGAUUCCGAUCUGUUCAGAGCUUACAGCUUUCUAAAGAUCAAUAAUUUGAGUGCGUUAGUUGCAUUUUUCACCAUUUUUGAAUUAUGGAACUUUUAUGCACACAUUAAAUUACGUAUUUGGGGAGAUUAUCAAAAGAGUCUAGGCAAUACUAAGGUUCGUGUGCCGCUAGAUGAAGGUAUCUUCAAAAUAUUUGUCUCACCAAAUUAUACUUUGGAGCUAUUAUCGUGGAUUACUUUCACACUAAUUUUCAAAUUAAACUUCUUUGCACUUGCCUUUACAAUUGUUUCUGGUACUCAAAUGUAUCUAUGGGCCCAAAAGAAGAAUAAAAAAUACGGUACUCGUAGAGCAUUUUUAAUUCCAUAUUUGUUUUAG